ACAGCUGUCACAGACUCACAAGUAAAGCAAAAGAGAGAAUAAGGAGACUCAUAGUCCUCCAAGUCUUCCCUGCUACACUUUGCUUUGCUUUUCUUUUCCUUAGAACUCCAAUCAGUUUCCUUCACAGACACGCGAUUACAGAGAGAAAUGGGAAUUUGGGAUUUCAUCAAGUCAAGCACAUCUCCGGUGACGAACCCCUUCAGAACGUCUUACAAUUACGGAUCCGCCUUCUACACCAGUGUCGAUAAUCUCCAGAUGCUCAACCAGUUGCUUCCGAGCAGUGUGUCCACAUCCAAGAUCGGUAUCUUUGCCACAAUAUUGGCUAACGCUAUUGCCCUCAUUGCCCACUUCAAGAGAGAUGCUGUUAUGGAUAAUACUGAGGAUAUGGUAUGGAUAUUAGUUUGCUAUCCGAUUAAAUAUGAGGAGUCAGUUGAAGGUGUAUGGAAAUGGAAAUAUGCAGAAAAUGACAAAAGAAGAAUAACGCCUAUUCUUGUUUCGAAUACAAUUUCUUAUGUGGAAUUGUACGAUAAAGUUAAAGAAGAGUUGGGGAUCGAUACAAGACUGUACAAAAUGGAGAUGUCAGCUCUUAACCCUAUAAUGCAUGAGGCUCUAGCACCACCGAUCGUCAUUGAUUGUGACAAUAAUGUGAAGUGGUUUGUAUCUGUCUGUAGAGAAACUUUUCUUUGCAUAACCAUUUCGGAUGAAAUUGUUGACAAUCGCGAAGAAUUUGGUGAUGAUGUUUCUUGCCAAUUGAGGGUCAAAAAAACAGUUUAGACAUGAACAGUGAGGAGGAACGUGUUAAAAUGGACGACGAUGGUAACCAUGCCAAUGUUCGUUCCACUUGCAUGGGUCAAACAGUUAGUUGUGAAACUUAAAGUUGUAAUAUUGGCGUGACUUGUAGCUUUAUUAUUUUGUACUUAAUAAAGCUACCCUACAAUCAUUAUGUUGCUUUUCCAAGAUGUUAUUGUUUUUGUACUAUUUGAACGACAUUAAAGUCAUUUUACCAUCUCA